UAUGGAGACACAGCAUUACAUGUAGCUGCUUACUGGGGAUAUUCAUCAGUGGUAAAACUACUGUUAGACACAGGAGCAUCAAUUCUCCAUUCAAAGAAAGGCAACACGCCUCUGCAUGCCUGCUUCCUGAAUCAAGAUUUAAGUUAUGAUCAUCACAGAAACGUUACUGUAGCAUUUAUGAUGACUCAUUCAAACAUAGUAUCCAUCAAAAACAGUGAUGGCAAAACUGUAAUUGACUUGUAUGAAGAAAGUGAGUGUAGGAGGUAUGAAACAGAACAUAGAUGUUUACAGAAAGAAGAGUUAUUACUGAUAUUGAAAGGUGGGCAAUUUCCAGUAAUCGAUUUUACACCUUCGGGAAGUACGGUUCCAUCAAUAAUCCAAACUCAUGGACCAUCGUCUGUAAAAACUUAUACGGAAGCAUUAGAAGACGGCAUUGUUGAGGUGAACCUUGGAACGAUUAAGGUGAUAGGACAAGAAAGAGCGGGUAAAACCUGCCUCAUAAAUUCCUGCCUUGGUAAAAAAUUUAACCAAGAUGAAGAAAUUACAGAUGGAAUAGCAACCACUAAGAUUAUAACCAGGACAACCAAUAAAACUGACGUAUGGAGUGAAAAUCUUACUAACGUUGGUAAUGCUACUGAAAGCUAUGAGAGGUCAAUGGCAGAGACAGUUUUUAUGAAAACAGUAGACAACUAUGGCUCUGUUGGAGAAAUGUUUUUUGAUUAUAGGAAAUCUAUUAAAGAAGCAUCAUCAGAAAAAGUAAAAACUAUACAUGAGACCCCAAAUGAAAACCUGCAGGUUACCAGUGUAAUCACAAACACAGAUUUGCAACUGAAUGAAGGACCACCAAAUACCAAAUCUUUGCCAUUGUCAAUUCGUGAAAAGAUGGUCAAAUUUGUUGGUAGAGGAAUGUAUUACAGAAAAGAAUUGGUAAAAUGGCAUAGGAUCAACGAGGACACAUUUAACAUCUGGGAUUAUGGGGGCCAGGUAAUCUACCAUGGAAUUCAUCGGAUCUUCAUGACAUCAAUGGCAGUUUACAUUGUCGUGUUUAACCUUAACGUCAAUCUGGAUGACAAGGCCGUUGUAAUGGAUUCAUCAGGGCAAAUGCGCAUUCACCACCUGACAAACCUUGAGUUCAUAUUAUAUUGGAUUUUGUCAGCGUACAUUCACAGCCGUGAGUUAAAAAAUGACCUGAACCUACAGAUUGCAUUACCGGCUAUUGUCCUUGUGGGUACCCACCGAGACUCCCUUGGAUCCACUGAACAGGAAAGGAUAAGCAAGGUAAAGGAAGCGUUUGACAAAAUAGAAAAGGCACUGAUGGGUAAACCAUACGAAAAGCAUGUGUACCCAACAUACUUUGACAUCGAAAAUAAUCGUUCAGAAGUAGAUGGCAAUAUUGCUAAGCUGAAGAAAGUGCUUGAUCAUCUCAUGACAGCAUUGGACAAGCCCAUUCCGUUGAAAUGGAUGCGCUUCCGUAGCGAAAUUCAUAAGUUAAAGGAUACAACAGUAGUCUGUCCUUUGAAAAAGGUGAAAGAAUUGGCUGCCAAGUUUGGAAUAAACGAGGAAAAUCAACAAAGUGUCCUAUUGAACUUCUUGUAUGACCUUGGCGAAAUCAUAUACAUGCCUGACAACAAGGUUUUACAAGAGUAUGUGGUAUUGAAUCCAAUGCAUUUUGUUGAAAUGGUCACAACAGUCAUCACUGUGAAACAACCCAACUUGGAGUCAGCCCUGUAUAAAAACCUCUACAGGAAACUUAACGAGGGUAUAUUAGAGGAGCCGUUGUUCAAGAAGCUUUUGGAAGAUCGUGGUGUUGAUUUGAAGAAGUUUGACUUUUUUGUCGAGUUGAUGAGACGAUUUUGUCUUCUUUGUGAGAGAAAAGAAGCCAAACCAGGAAACCGUUCUUUCUUUGUCCCACUUCGACUGGCACUUGAACCAUCGUCCGAUGAACAUAGACGGGUCGUCAGUUAUGGUGAGCGCGCUAUAAGCAUAUACCAUGACUUCUGUGGAUACCUUCCGGACGAGUUGUUUCCACAGCUGGUUACAGAGUUUAUCAACAGGUUUCAAGACGAAGACGGAAAUGAACAACCAAAGCUGGCACUUGAUCAUGCAGAACUUUACUUCGAUCAAUAUCAUUUUGUAAUAAUGUCUGCAAUUACUUUUGGACUAAAACGACUGCUGAGGACAACUAUUCUUAGAAGGAAGCGAGACGACAGAGCACAGGAAGACCUUGAACCAUUACCAGAAGCCUGUAAAACGGUAUGUUGUAAUUCCUCUAAAAAUAAUAAUA